AUAUAGAUUUAGGAAAACAGCACUAGGCUAGAAGGUUGACCUGCACCUGAGUAGAAAUUCUGGUCCCUCUUCAGAUUCAUAUAUUGUAAGGCAAUAAGGUUUCUCAGUAACUAAUAUUACAGUGAAUGUUUCCUUCUUGUUCCUCUUUACAGUACAGUCUUCACACCAAUUAGGUCUCUGUGCAGGACUCAGAGAAUAGGAGUAGUAUGUCUUCAGUCUCCACCCAAAAGCUGAUUUUCUGAUACGAUGAUGGGGGCCUGGUCCUGAAAAUCUGUGGAGAAGAUGGAGAACUGACAAGGCUUGACCAAAAGAAAAACACCUUUUCUCACAGGGCAAGAACAAGAUCAGAGAAGAGCAGCCUGAUGUGGGAAGAGUUUCUGAACUCGUGUGGGGUUCCUGUAGGGACAGCAGAUGCCCUGGCAGCAGCUCCCAGUAAAAGAUGGAGAACAUCCUGACAGGCUUGUGUGGCACCGGCCCGGAAGAUCCGCUCCCGCUGUGGGUUCACGGCAGCAUUGGCCAUUGCUUUAACCAGCUGACAUUAAAUGUGAUUCCUCAUGUGGUCCUUGCAGUGGUCAGUGCCUGCUUCCUUGGCACUCCCAGAUCUGGCUCUGAGGUGCCUCACCAGCCAGGCUGGAGAUGUAGAAUUGCUGCUUCUUUUAUACUCACUGGCCUGUUCGUCGCUGAUAUAAUCCCAGCUGCCAUUUCUCAGCAGGAGCUGGGCCCUGUGUACCUGGAAGUGCUGGCCAGUGGCAUCGCUGCACUAACAUGGCUCACUCAUGGCGCCGCUCUGCUCAUGCUCUGCAGGUCCAUUCAUGGCUCUACCAGGGGCCCUGCAGCCCUGGCUCUCCUCACUCUCUUACCCCUACCUUCUCUCAUCAUCACGCUGGUCUGGUACUGCAGAAGUGGGACAGCUUGGUCCCCUGCCCACCCUGCUGUCUCCUCCAGGUUCACCAUUCUCUGUCUGCAGCUGGUGUCUCUGCUGGUGUAUGUGAUUAGCUGCCUCUUACCCACCCCUGACAGGCACAAAUUCCUCUCCAUCAAUAGCUCCUGGCAGCCAGACCAGCUCAUCUCAGAGCCAGGCAUCUCCGUGUCGGGUCAGCAGCAAGUGGCAGAAGAUGGUGAGAGCUGGCUCUCACGCUUCUUUUAUGCUUGGAUGAACCCUCUUAUGAAAUGUGGCUAUCAGUGGAAGCUGAACCAGCCACAGGAUGUCUAUCUGCUUCCUCGCCAGCUCCAGGCUGCCAGGGUUUGUGAUCGGUUCUAUGCCUGCUGGCAGAAGAAGGCAGCUCUGCACCAAGUAGAGGAAGAGACGGUGUCUCUUACUAGCCCGAUCAUUGCUGCAGGCGAUGGGAGUGGCGGUGUCCAGGACAGCUUGCACCGUGCCCAGGAGCCCGUGAGACUCUUCUCAGUGCUUCAUGCGGUCUUUGGGCCUCGUUUCUACUUGCUGGGACUUCUCAAGUUGGCCGGCAGCCUGCUCGCUUUCUCGGGCCCGCUGCUUCUGAACCUGCUGGUGAACUUCAUGGAGUCGCGGCAGGAGCCCCUGAGCCAUGGGGUGCUCUAUGCACUGGGGCUCUUUGCUGGCUCCUUCCUGGGUGCUCUCCUGCGCAACCAGUUCAGCUAUGAGGUGAACAAGGUGACACUGAUGGUGCGGGCUGCAGUCAUAUCUGCUAUCUACCGCAAGGCCCUGCGUGUCAGCAGCACCAGCCUUUCCCGCUUCACCGUGGGUGAAAUCGUCAACUUCAUGAGCACGGACACCAGUAGGUUGGUCAACUUCUGCCUCAGCUUCCACGAGGUGUGGAGCCUGCCCUUCCAGUUUGCCAUUACCCUUUACCUCCUCUACCAGCAAGUAGGGGUAGCCUUUCUCGGAGGCCUGGCCUUGGCACUGCUGCUUGUGCCCAUCAACAAGGUCAUAGCCAACCGCAUCAUGAUGAGCAACAAGGAGAUGCUGCAGCACAAGGACGCACGCGUCAAGCUAAUGACUGAGUUCCUAAGUGGCAUUCGUGUGAUCAAGUUUUACGCCUGGGAGAAGCACUUCAGCACCAGGAUAAACGCCUGUCGGGCUAAAGAGCUGCAGAAGUUGCGAGCCAUCAAGUACUUGGAUGCCGUGUGCGUGUAUCUGUGGGCAGCACUGCCUGUUGUUGUCUCCAUCGUCAUCUUCAUCACCUAUGUUCUGUUGGGGCACCAGCUCACUGCCACAAAGGUGUUCACAGCGUUGGCCCUUGUAGGGAUGCUCAUUCUCCCCCUCAACAGCUUCCCAUGGGUGUUGAAUGGGACCUUGGAAGCCAAAGUUUCCCUGGAUCGAAUCCAACGUUUCCUUGAGCUUGUGGACCAGGACCUGGAAGCUUACUAUGCCUUAGGGAACCCUUCAGGUACAGCUUCUGCCAUAGAGAUGCAAGGUGCAGAUUUUUCAUGGGCACCAGGCGAAGAAGAAAGCAGCAGCCAGCCCUUACCCACAGGCAGUCUGCAAUUGCACAUUGAGAACCUCUCAGUGAGAAAGGGGAUGCUGUUGGGAGUUGUUGGGAAGGUCGGCUCUGGCAAGAGCUCUCUGCUUGCAGCCAUCACUGGAGAGCUCAUUAAACAAGGUGGUCAAGUGUAUGUUUGUGACCUGGAGCAAGGAUUUGGUCUGGCCACACAGGAGCCUUGGAUCCAGUUUACCACCGUCCGUGAGAACAUCCUGUUUGGGCGGGAAUAUGAUGCCAGGCUGUAUGAGGAGGUGGUGGAGGCCUGUGCCCUCUCUGAGGACCUGAAUAUUUUACCAGCAGGUGACCAGACAGAGGUGGGCGAAAACGGCGUGACACUCAGUGGGGGACAGAAGGCUCGAAUAGCCCUUGCCAGAGCUGUUUACCAGGAGAAAGAGCUUUACCUCCUUGAUGAUCCCCUGGCUGCCGUUGAUGCAAAUGUAGCCAGUCAUCUUAUGCGGAAAUGCGUUCUUGGAGUUCUCCAACACAAGACCAGGAUCCUCUGCACCCACAGGACUGAGUUUUUGGAGAAGGCUGAUGCCUUGUUGUUGAUGGACAAUGGCAGGAUAGUCAAGACAGGCACACCGGCUGAUAUCCUGCCACUUGUGGAAGCUAUCCCCAAAUUCAAGGAUGUGGACAAGAGGCAGAAGCACAAAGCCCCUGAUGAGCAAAGCCAAGAAGAGGACAUAGAGACAGAGGCAGAAGAAUCACCCCAGGACAACCAUCUUCUCCACAAGGAGGAGGAGAAGAAAGAAGGGGCAGUGGCUUUUCAGGUCUACAAGGCAUAUUGGUUGGCAGUGGGCAGCUGCCUGGCAUUAUCCAUCCUCUUCUCACUGCUCCUGAUGCAAGCAUCCAGAAAUAUCUCGGAUUGGUGGCUCUCACAUUGGAUCUCCAGCAUAUCCCAGACAGCAAAUACCUCUGUGAUGGUCUGUUCAGCUUCCCUGCCAUCUGCAGAGCUGCUUCUCUUCUCCACUGUUGGGCUGGUCUCCCCCGUUCAAGCCCUGGACACAGCCCCAGUCCCUUCCAACGGGUCAGCGGAUGUGAAUUUCUACCUGAUGGUUUACGGGAGCAUUGCAGGAGCCAACUCCCUCUUCACCAUUUUUCGGGCCUUCCUCUUUGCUUAUGGCACCAUCCGUGCUGCCACUGUCAUCCACAACCGACUGCUCCAGAGGGUUAUAAAGGCCACGGUCACCUUCUUUGACACCACACCAACAGGCCGCAUCCUGAACCGCUUCUCCUCAGACCUGUACUGCGUGGAUGACAGCUUGCCAUUCAUCCUCAACAUCUUCCUGGCCAACAUAUACGGGCUCCUGGGCAUGCUGGUGAUAAUCACCUAUGGCCUGCCUUGGGUUGGCCUGGUCUUACUUCCUCUGGCUGCCCUCUACUUCUCUAUCCAGCGCUAUUAUCGGCGCACGUCCCGGGAGCUCAAGCGCCUGUACAGCCUCACCCUGUCUCCUAUUUACACUCACUUCUCAGAGACCCUCUCGGGCCUGAGCAGCAUCAGAGCCAUGCGGGCAGCACAGAGGUUCGAGUUGGAGAAUCAGCUGCGCCUGGAGCAGAACCAGCGCUGCCUCUUUGCCAGCAACACAGCAAUGCAGUGGCUGGACAUCCGCUUGCAGAUGAUUGGGGUCGCUGUGGUUACUGCGAUUGCAGGAAUUGCCAUCAUCCAGCACCAGAAGCAUCUGGGAAAUCCAGGACUUGUGGGCCUGGCGCUCUCAUAUGCCCUGUCUGUCACAAACCUUCUCUCAGGCCUCAUUUCCAGCUUCACUAUGACAGAAACCAUGAUGGUGAGUGUGGAGCGGACAGAGGAAUACACUACAGACAUCCCUGUGGAGCCACAGGAUAAAGUGGUCCAGGUUGCUGCUGACUGGCCAAGCCAGGGGCUUGUGGAGUUCCAGCACGUGGUCUUGGCCUACCGAGCAGGCCUGCCCAAUGCACUUGACGGAGUGAGCUUCACCGUGUACCCCGGAGAGAAGGUGGGGAUUGUGGGUCGCACAGGAUCUGGAAAAUCCACUCUUUUCUUGGCACUUUUCCGUAUGCUGGAGCUGAAAGCGGGCCGGAUUCUCCUGGAUGGUGUUGACAGCCGGCUGGUGGGCUUGGAGGAGCUGAGAUCUAGGCUGGCCAUCAUCCCCCAGGAUCCAUUUUUGUUCAGUGGUUCAAUCCGGGAGAACCUGGACCCCCAGGGAAAAAGGACAGACGCUGAGCUUCACGAGGUGCUAGAGCAGUGCCACCUGUGGGAUGCAGUUACUCAGAUGGGUGGACUGGACAGUGAGCUGGGAGAGAGAGGAAAGUGUCUGUCUGUGGGACAGAGGCAGCUGGUGUGUCUGGCAAGAGCCCUCCUGACGCAGGCCAAGGUGUUGUGCAUUGAUGAGGCCACAGCCAGCGUGGAUCAGAAGACGGACCAGCUGCUGCAGCAAACCAUCCGCCAGCGCUUCGCCGACAAAACCGUUCUGACGAUUGCUCACAGGCUGAACACCAUCCUGGACUCGGACCGCGUGCUGGUGAUGCAGGCCGGGAGAGUGGCAGAGCUGGACUCGCCCAGCUACCUUAGCAAGAAGGACGGCUCCUUGUUCCAGCGCCUCCUGCACAGCGGGCAGCAGUGA